AUGCUCGAUGGCCAGACCAUUGAGCAGUUCCCGUGCAUGCCAGAGGAUAUCCUCGGAGAGCCUAUCCCUGAAGCUUUCCGUCCUAGCAUGGACCGUCCCAGCACUAGCAAAGAUGCCGUGCGGUCACACAAUGGCCUACACACAUUGCGCCUUGUUGCCCCUUCCUCCACCUCCCUGACUCGCCCUCCUCGUUCUCGCAAGAACAGCAGUCUCAACAGCUCCGACGUUGACCGAUCCGCAGCUGCCGCUUUCCAAGCCCAGUUCCGACGCCGUCAACGUUCCGAAUCCCCCGAAUACUCUAAUUCCACCUCGGACAAGGGUGAUAAGGAGAAGUCGACAUCGUUGUGCUACGAUCAGUACUCCCAAGCCCCCAUCAACGGGGCUCGCGAGCAAAGGCCUCUCCUCCAGCGCUUCAUGAACUCUCUACGUUCAUUAAACUGCCAGAAGCCCCAAAAGUCUCACAAGAAGACCAAUGUUACCACCAUCUGA